AUGGAAGAAGAGGAUGAAGAGGGUAUUCUCAUGGAGAGGAUGCAUCUGUGGGGACACAGUUCACAAUAUCGAAGAGGACUGGACUCAUUGAAACGAACACAUCCGCGGCCGUUGUUAGACAUUCCAUGCUAUUGUUGUUCAAAGGGAUGUAAGAACAACAUUGAGCAUCCAAGACCAAAGCCAUUGAAGGAUUUCAGAACAUUGCAAACACACUACAAGAGAAAGCAUGGUUCAAAGCCUUUUACUUGUCGCAAGUGUGGGAAACCUUUGGCAGUAAAAGGUGAUUGGAGAACUCAUGAGAAAAACUGUGGCAAGCGUUGGCUUUGUAUUUGUGGUUCAGAUUUCAAACACAAGAGGUCACUUAAGGAUCAUAUCAAAGCAUUUGGAUUUGGACAUAGUCCUUUUUCUUCUUCCUCGGAUGGUAUUUAA